CCACGUCACCUUCUCUCUCGACAUCCACGUCGUAUCACCCCCUCGCUCACUCACUCAUCUUCUUCCUUUUCUUUUCUUUUCCUUCUACAUUCACGUUUCCAAGAAACCAAGCAACAAAAUUCAUCUCUUCUCUAAAUUUAUUUUCAUAGAGAACCAAACACUGAUACCUUUUUCAUUUAUUUACGUUUUUCUUAAUAAAUUUCCUUAUCAUGUGAUAACAAGCUUAUUAUUGCUGUGAUUUUGUUAUUAGUCAUGAACACCUUAAACAAGAUAUGUACAGCACUUACAAUUAUCUUCGCCGUUUCUCUAGUAGUUCUCAUAGCCGAAGUUCUCUACGUUUUAUAUCGCCGAAGAAGAUUUCACAACCGAACUGGUGACUUGGAAUUCAGUAGCGAGACGUCGUCGUUCUAUCCAACAACUCCGUCGAAAGAACUGCUCUACUUCUUCUGCUGGAAAAACCAGACCAGUACUCGCAUCGAACCUGACGCAGAAACAGCAGCAUCAGAUGCUGCUGCUACCGCCGCUCCCCCAACGACGACAUCGGAUGAUGCUGACGUGGACGAGAUGUUAAAACGGCACGUACUGUACGGACCGUCUAGGGCUUUGUUUACGAUAAGAGAAGAAGAGAGAGAAGAGAUAGAGACGGAUUUAUCUUCUGUAGAGAGAGAAGAGAAUAAUAAGAAAAAGAACAGGAAAAAGAAGCUGAUAAGGAGUCUUUCUUCAGAAGAGGUUUCAUCUAUUGCUAUUGCUACUGCUACUGCUACUGAUGUGAUGAUUGCUGUUGAUGAUACGACGCCAUUUUCUACUCCUUGUGCUUCUCCUCCUUAUUACACUCCGUCGCCUUCUCCUCCUCGUGAAAGAAAUUAAUUUUAACGGUGUCGUUUACACAGUGCAUAUUAAAUUUAUGCAGUGAUGAUUCGCCGGCGCUUUCAUCGACGGUUUUGGUCAUGAAGUGAGGAGGUUUCGUUAACGAGUUGUGAUGUUGCCACGUUAGCGUCAGACAACUAAUUUGGUGGGUUCGAGGGGACGUGGCAAGAUCAGACUGUCCUGUUACAGUGAAAUAGGAAUUGGAAAUUACCAUUUAACUUGGAUGGAACAAUAGAUGGCUGUAACUGUACGGAAGUAGUAGUAAAUUCUAAUGGCCGUUGGCGUAACGUAACUGUAAUAAAUUCUCACAACCAUUACUAUAAUUUUCGUUCUUCAUUAUUGGGAUUAGGAUUUAGGAGUAUUAAUGGGGCCUGAUUAUUGUCCCUAUUUUAUGGGUCCUUUCUGCUAGUUAUUGCUUCA